AUGCCGUCACUAGCAUCUGCAUUCUUCCAUUGUUGCCUUGCAAUGAGUUUCCUUGUCGCAUACUCCACGGCCCACGAUAUUGGCAAUGAUGUCGAGAGCCAGAACCGAGCCGGAGCAGAAGGACCCUCUGACGACGGCGUGGGAGUAACGUCAACAGGAAUGAUUAUCCUCUGCACGAUAGUAGGCGUUGUUGUCGUCAUUGGAAUUUCCUCCGCAGCCCUCUUCUUCAUCGCUAAGCGCCGCCAAUGGGCUAUGCGAGAAACCCUGCGUCGAUCUGCGCGACACGUCGUUGACGCCGUUAAGACGCCCCUGACGCCGAAAUUCUCGAGGUCGCAGCUACGACUGCCGCCGUCGCAGUCGAGUCUGAAUCCGAUUCUGAAGAGGACGGCCACGAAUGAAAGGAUCAAGAACAAUACCGAAGACAAUGAUUUGGAGAAGAAUGCAGUGGUGACGGAGAUUGAGGCUUCUGCGGGCGGGAAGCCGAGGACUUGGGGGUCUAUGUUUGCGUUUGGUCGGAACCGUGCUGCUGCAACUGCAGAUGAGGGUGAAGAAAGCUCUGGCCAUCACAAGGCGGCUGAUGAUGUUGCUGGCGGUAUCCCGGAUGAUCUCAGCACCGUCUCCAUUAUGGAAGACCCAGAGGCCCAGAUAGCUUCUCAGAUACCAAGUGACGCACUCUCAGAGCACGACAUCCGCAGUGAUUCAAACAUAGACGAGGAAGACGAGCUCUUACUCGUGCAGAUGGCGAACACCAACACUCCUACCUCUCCCAACCUAGACGCAGUCACUUACAGGCCUACUGACACCAACUGGGAAAGCCGACCAAAGGCCGCAUCUCCUCUUCUUGUGGAACGUCCCCAGAGCUCUGGAGUGGAUGUCUCUGCUUUCUCGUUUGCGAGGCCUUUGCGGCAGGGGAAACAGUUUUCCAUUCAGUCAUCCGCUAGACGAGUAUCGAAAGACUCCAGAACGCACUCGUCUGGGCCCCCCGUUAACGGUAACGGUAACGAGACACGGCAGCCUAUAGGCGUUGAGGGUGGCCAUGAAUGGAAGGGGAGAUCGAGGCAACGCGUCCCUCAAGCAAGUGACCUCCAGCACGGCGUGAGCCAGCAAAGUGUUAUAGAGCCGCCAGAAGAACAACUACGAAAUGUGCAGGUGCCACUAGAUGAUGACGAGAGCCGCUCUGUCACGCAUGGUGUUGAUACUCGUCAAACCCCAUCAGCCCGUGCUCAAAGUGCGGGACGUAAUCGCUCGCGAUCUUUAGCUACCUCGCAGAUCACGGAGAUUGAGGAUAGAGAGCAAGGUAGAGGUUCAAAGAGAUCACGCUCUGUUGUGGCUGUCGACUACGAUGAACCAGCCAUGGAAGACGACUCCUCUGCCCAGCAUCCUCCAGCGUCCUUGAUAAACGAGGGUCGGAUGGCCAAGCGCCGACGGUCCAAUGGAAAAAAAGUCUCCUUAAAAGACAAUGCAUUGAAAGGACAUUCUCAACUUUCAGAAGAGCAUCUGUUUCAACUCCUCAUCAACAAGGUUAAGAUGCGCGAGGAAGGUGAUAUAGCCGCGUCCAAAGUCAAAGAGCAGAUGCAGAUCCACGUCAUGGAAUUGACAGAGGAGAACAAAUGCCUGAGGGAAGAUUUGGGGGCUUGCCAGACCCAUCUGCAAAGGCGAGAAGCCGAUUUGAAGUCCCAUAUGCUACGGAUGGAAACCUGGAAAACGAAGCUUACCAACUUCCGAGGCUUUCUCAAUGAGUUCGGAGCCGAUUACAAAGUUCUUCGUGGAGAAGCAAUCCAACUCAAGGUGUCAAGAACACAUCUUGACAAGGAGAAAAAAGAGAUAGAAGCCAGCCUUGUCGGUGCUAAAGAACAUAUCUCACAAGUAUCCAACCUUCUUGACGAGAGGCGCAGCCGUCUCUCGGAAACGGUGCACACUACAGAACUGCUCAAACAAAGCUUGACAGAUACUGAGGUCAGAGUGAAGCUCUUCCAAGAUCAACUGACCCAUGAGAGAAAGCGAUCAUCUGCUUUGGAGUCAUACAUUCGACAGCAAACAUCCGUUCAGAGCAAAAAGCUUGGUUUGGUGGUGUCCAACCAGGUUGCGAUUAUGACGACUCUGGUUUCAAAGUUCCAGAUUAUUGGCUCGCAGCUGGAGUCCAUUAAAUUUCCAAUUUUUGGUAAUGCUCUCGACGAGUGUCUAGUCUCUCUCAAGCAGCUUAAUGAGAGUCAUUCCGCCGGGAUUAUUGAUGUACGGCGAGUAGAAGAAGUUAUCAAAGAAUUCACAGUGAGAAUUGAUGCAGUCGGAAUUAAUAUCGCCAGCGAAUUGCACGGGGGUUCUGAAGCUAAUAACAACCUAGCGGUACAGCUGAAAGAGCAGCUUCGAUAUUUGGCAGAUAGUAUGAACACUGGCUCGAGUAUACUUCAAAAGCUUUCUGAGAACGAGAAGUGCUGUGGUGUCUUGCAGAAAAGCCUUGGGGUUAUCAUCCCGACCAUUGACAACCUAAAUUCGUCUAUGAAAAUAAUGGAUGGUAAAGGGCAUGAUAUCACACGUCAAAUAGAGCAUCUUGGCAAGAGCAUUUCAGAAAUCAAGAUACCAGACAAGGUUGAGCUCGUUCCAGUGGAGCCCUGCAUGCAUGCAAAAGAAAAGAUUGAAUUGGAGCUCCAAGUGCAGAAACUAGUCGCAGAACUCAAGAUCGCAGGAGAAGCUCUCAAGGAUAAAGAAUGUCACAAUGAGGAGACAAACAAUGCCCUACUUGAAGCAACGAGCAAGAUUCAGGAGACUGAAGCCCGCGUAAAGCAAUUAAAGACUCAAAUUAUCAAGCUCGAAGAUAAUGUGAAGACUACUGAGGUCAAUGUCCGCGAGGAGCUGAAUAGGGCGAGCAUUGUUGCUCGAGAUGAACACAGAAAGAGAUUCGAGCAGCAGCUUCACGGGGUCUUGCGAGAGAAGACUGAGAUUGAAAAAGAAAUCAAUAAGCUGCAGGAACAGCUGGUCAACUCCCAUCAAGAGAUUGCUGAAAAAGAAAAUUUGUUCCAACAGAAACAGGCGGAAAUUGAGAUUGCGCUUUCGGAUAAAGAAGGCAAAAUACAAACCCUUGAGAGCUUACAUGCUGAGAAUACUGCGAAGUUGGCAGAGAAAGAGGAGGAAAUCAGGAAACUCCACGAGGUAGAAGUUGCUAAUGGAGAGCAAUUGGAAAGUCUGCAGCAAGAACUGAUCAGAGAGAAAGAGAAGCUCGCCAGUUCUGAUGCCGAGCUCUUUACAGCGAGGAACGACUCUCAAGUGAAGUUGGCAGAGAAAGAGGAAGAGAUCAGGAGACUCCAUGAGAUAGAAGUUGCCAAUGGAGAACAAGUGGGAAUAUUGCAGCAAGAACUAAACAGAGAGAAAGAAAAGCUCGUCAUUUCCGAUGCCGAGCUCUAUACAUUGACUAACGAGUCUCAAAAAGCGACACUCGAACUCGAGGCAAAGCUUGAAUCACUCCGAACCGAAAUUUUGAGAAAAGAUGAAUAUUGUAAGUCAUUGGCAAGUGAGCUAUCAGCAGCAAAUUCCGCCAAAAAGCGACUAGAAUCUGGAAAAUCUAAGGCCAAAUCCGAGAUACAUGCCUUGCUUUGGAGGGUCCAGGGUGCAGAAAGCCGGAUGAAGAAUGUCAAGGAAGCACUGGACCAGAUGCGUUCAACCUCAUCACAGGAGUCAAUUUCGAAUGCCUGGUCCCGAUUGGAAGAUUUAUUGCAACUCGGAACCCUGAAGAAGUCCACUGAUUGUCAACCUAUGGAUUCAGGCUCUCAGGUCAAACCCACCUCCGAUGCUCCUGUUGGAACUCCUUUGGCUCAAGUGUCCCAAGGAGACUGCCAAACUCCAGGCCAAGGGGCUCUUCAGACAACAGAAUUCAUUUAUCGGACCGAAAGCAUCCAGCGGAGGUUGUUCCCUUCUUCAAAUGAAGAAGGCUUGGCUGUUGGAAGCUCCCAACCCGCAUUGAGUCGAAACAUAGGAAUCCCUGGUUCGCAGUCAUCCGCUGGUAUUAUCCCAUUUUCGAACUUCCGGCAAGAGAUUUCUCCAACUCCUUGCUCAGGCUCUGCAGAAAGCUUUGUCGAUUUUGCUAUCAUGUCCGGUAUGAUGCCCACCGAAUCCAAAACUUUAGCAGCUCCGGAAACGGCAGAUAAAGCUGGUGAAACCCGAGUGAUAGCUUCGCAAGUUGUCGAUUCCCAACUGGUUGAGCAAACGACGGAAACACCACCUCAGACAAGCAGAGAUGCGCCAUCUGUGGUCCAGACAGAGCCGAUAGGAGAGGAGAUUCCUAUAGAAAAUCUACCAGCGAAGCAAAAGACAGUUAAGUUCCAAUCACAAGAUUCAGGUGCAGAUGAGGAAAAGCGCCAACAUCCGGCAUUCGAUGAAAACUGGGUCCUUGAAAGAACGAAGCCACGCGAGAAAAAGAUGAUUCGAACAAAUCAACGAACCUACAGUCGCACUCGACAGCUUUCUUAUACAAGCAAGGAAGAAAAGACGGUUCGCCAGCAAUCUUCCCGCAUCGAGGAAACCAGCGACCUUGAUGGCCCGGGUCCCUCCCGGAGUAACAUUCGAAAGACAACUGCUUCCGCGGCUUCAUCUGCGACCCGGACACAGAGAAAAGGCUCCUCCGAAUAUCCGGAGCGCAAAGCGAGCCCUGCGAGCUUGGCCUCGGGCAGCAGCAAAUACCCAUCCGCGCAGGGUACUCACCCGAAUAAUGGUAGAUGGACACGGGGCUCUCGGGGGCGCAAGGCACGAGGGGAACGGUAUAAUGCCCGGUUUAACAAAGAAACCUAA